CUGUACAAUUGUGAAAAAAAGCCUUUUUUUCUGCAGAGGAUUGGCUGGAGUACUUGAAGUUAACCUUUGAACACUUACAAAUAAGCAAUUACUGGAUGUUUCACAGCAUUCAUGUUGUUUGGGGGUCUCACUUGUUCAGGAUGAAACAUCAUUAGUCCACAGACAGUGAGCUAAAUAAGCUAUGUGUGUAGAUUGCACAUGUGAUAUCAAAAUGUAUGUGUUGCAAUCCUUCUUUUUUUUUUUCUGCUCGUGUGUGUGAGUCCAUGGCCGGUCUAAAGCAACGGUUUCCCGCCCUCACUACACCAGGCAAAGCGCCAGAGCCAUCAGGCGGUCAUACGCCUACCAUCAGCUGAGGAGUUGCACAGCAGUCUCAUUUCUAAUUAUACACCCAACAUCAGAGAGCUACGGAGCGAGGGAGAGAGGAGUGGAAUAUGGAGAGAGAGAAAGAGAGAGGAAGAGGAGUGUGAUUACAAAUGGAAGAGAGGCUGAGAGUGCUACUCAGCAGCAAACGCAGGGUGAACAAGUUCAGAUGCGCAAGAGAGAAAGAAAGUAAGAGAGGAUGAGGGAGAGACAUCAAAUGUGUCUGAGAAAGGUUAACAGGACUGACUGACUAAGUAGAGUGGGAGUGUAAAAUGUAAAAAGCGAGUAGGAGGGAAGAGAGAGAGAGGAAGAGGAGAAGAGAAGAGAAAAGGAGGAGAGCGUGUCUGACAGACAGUCAGUUGAGCUUGUCUGGAUGCUUAUGAUCAGUCUCUUCUGUUGUACCAUUUUGCACCUGCAGACAGGGAGCCAGACAGGUGUGCGAGAGUGUGUUGCAGUGUCUGUGAACACUGAGGGACAUGCUUUGGGAAGAUGGAUGCACCGAGAAACAGACGGAGGAACCGAUGGAGGAACAUGUACAGUAAACUACAAUGACCUUUGACCUAACUAGUCGGUGUCUGUGUCCCGUGAUCACGAUACCUCGUCAGAUUCUGGAGAUCAACAUGCAGUGCCAGUGUGAGUGACAGGCAGCGUGAGCCAAUGAGCUUCAUUAAAAACCCAGCGUUUGUCCCAGACAGGGACAGCCUCCCACUCAAGAAGAGGGACCAAAGACCAAGUCCACCACCACCAUCUCCGCCCAAUCAGCAACAGCACCAGCAGCAGUGUGAUGCUGCAACAUUCAAAGCCCCCUUCCCUUAUAGGAACCACAGUGACUUUAAGACCAAACACAGCAGCCCUUUCCAGCCUGUACCGAGGCGGGUCCCUGCUCUGUACCAGCCCUGGAUGCAGACCCACACGUCCACCCGGUCCAAACCGCACAUCCUCUCUGCGUUCAGGGAGCACCAUGGCUGGGCAGAGUGGAGAGACUUUAACCCCCUGCAGCCGAGAUGGGACUUUACUCACCCCUAUCAGCAGCACAACCACCUGUCACCUGCACCGGCACUCCACCCAGUCCAUCCGCACCACAUCUCGAGAUUUAAUCUGGUUAAUGAUGGUUUCCAAAGAGCUGCCGGAGGGUGCGGAUGGGAGCAGCUAAAGGCCAUCAGCGAGAAAAAUGUAAACACAGAGAGGCAGAGUAAUGGGAGGAAUAAAGGACCAUAUCUGAGGAGAAGGGACAGAAAAGUUGCAUUUAUUCCCAGGGUUGAAAAAGUAAAUUCCCCAUUGUCAAGCACACCUCAGUCUCCAUCCCGGGACUUGUCAACGCAACAUGAUGUGUUGCACAAAUCAACAAAAGUUGUUAAACACCCUGGACAUUCCUUUAUAGGAGCUUCCCCUGACAAUAACUCAAGGAUCACGUUCACCUCCAUGAAGGAGGAUGCAUCUAGGUCUUCUGACCAGGGCUCCUCCCCCUCCCCCUCCUCCUCUCCCUCCUCCUCUUCUAACCAGUUUCCCUGGCUGCUCCCUCACUUUGUUGCCGGCUCUCUGAUUGAGCUCAGAGACGGGCGGCUGAGGAGGGUGGAGCACUUGCAGACAGAGGACUUCCUGCUUGGAUCACUGGCCUGUCCAGACCUGUGCCUGAGCUGCUGCACGGUGCAGUGCAUCUCCCCUUCGUCCUCCUCCUCCUCCAUCUCACGUCUGCUCAUUCUGCUUCAUAGCCAGCAGUCCCAGGAGUUGGUGGAUGUCUAUGUGGAGUACCCUUUCUUUGUGCGGGGGCGGGGCUGGUCGUCAUGCAGUCCUCAGAGGACCGCUCGUCUCUGUGGCCUGCAGUGCCGACAGCUCAGUGUGGGGGACGUCUGCCUUGCUCUCACCCCCGUCUCAGCCACCCAGUCUCCACCAUCAGCCACCCUGGUGCCAAAAAACUCCCCCAGGAAAUCAGAGGGAAGGUGUGAAUCCCUAAAGGCACCACAGGCACAGGUUCCUCCAGAGCCAGGGCGACCAUCAGGGGGGCCGAGGAAGAAGGCGGAGGCAGUCAGGAGGAGACACUACUCUGCCCCUGAGCUGGGAGGUCCAAGGACUAACUGUCUGUAGGGAGGAGAGUCUCUGUUUUAUCAACAGGAAACAAGUCUGUCUCUUUGAAGCUCCGCUUUAUUCAGCCCACAUUUGCUGUCUUUCUACCUCCUCUAACAUUUGGAUGUGUUUGAUUGUCGUUCCUAAUCAAAGGAGCAAGAUCUGAAGAGGGAUAACAUGGUUAAAUCUCAGGAUUCCUCGGAGUAUAUUUGUUAAACAUAACUUUUCUUUGAAGCUUAUCAAAGGCUGUGACAAAACAGAAUUCAGAUCUUUUAUUUCAUAAAAGAUGUCUCACAUUAUCUUGUGUUUUUUUUAAAGUGGGAAACCAAAGUUUACAUCUUUAUAGCCACAGGGAGAAGCUUCAGUUGAAUUGAAAAGGAUCUUUUAGAUUCAGAGAAUUAGGUUCCGACGUUUUAACAGAGCUUUCAAAUCCUUUCUGGUGCUGACAAAAUCAGCCUACAUUCCUGUAAUCGCACAAUAGAAACUCGCUCUGGUCCGCCCAUGCUGAUCAAAGUUUAUCCAUCUUCCUCCUUGUAUUAUGUAAGACAUCUUUAUGAUCAUAAAUUAUUCAUUUCAUUUCCAAUGAAUGCAAGCUCCUUAUAAUAUAGUCCCCAGCUCUAUGAUUGUUUCCGAAUGACAAUCAACACCAAUUCUGAUUGAAUGACUGGACAUUAAAUAUUACUGAUUGAAUCAGUGAUGUUUAAUUUUACGCCUCUACCUCUAUUUUCUAUUUAAAAAACAAUAGAUAUCUUUGUAUAAACAGCGUGGGCUGUGUUGUAAUAUGGAAGUUCUGUGAGUGUCAGUGUGAAUUCCAAAAUGUUCUUAAAGUAUACCGUUGCUUUGCUUUUGUAUGCACUCUUUUAAAAGUCUGUCCCAUCGCUCAGAGUGGAGAUAUUUUCUCCAUUCAAAGUACUCUAAAGGCACAAUCUCUGACAUGCGUACCGUGCCAUAACUCAGCAGUAACCAAGUACACAUGUGGAAGAGACAAACACAUGCAGACCAAAAAAAACCAAUGAUGAUGUCACAGACAUGGUGCCGUACACAUGGACCGGGACUACAAUAUGUAAAAUAGGUUUCUCGCUGUUGAAUAAAUAUGUGUUGUGUUAA